ACCAGUAUAUUAAAUUCAGCAUCAUCUCUGUAAAUGUUCUCAUUUGUCCAGGUCAAUGGAUAUCUUGUAGUCUCACAUCCAAGAGGCUUCAUCAAUAUGGAAAUGAUUGAUGAAAAUGUCCUCUUGACCAAACAGACAAAGUCCAGUUGCUAUAAAUUAACUACUCCACUUGUGUCAUGUAAAACUAGAGGGUUUCUGUGCUGUAAGAGACAAGUAGAGUACUCAAAUGAUUACUUAAAUGAUUAGACUUUAGAUGUUAUUGUCCCACAGGGGGAUAUUCUCUUCCACAGCAUUGUACUUGUCAAACACCAACACACAACAACACAACACAACAACAGCAAUACAACAGCAACAACAACAGAAAAUCACAGACAGCAGUACACACUCAGGCCUAUUCAGCAACGCCUGUUGUUUAAGGCGGCUAUGACUGCCGGUAUCAAGCUUUUCCCAAAGCGAGUCCUAUUGCACCACAGUAUUCUUAUUAAAUUAAUCAUCUUUUUAUUUUGCUAAGUUCAUAAUGUAAUAAUGUUUUGCUUAAUGCUUAAUUUCAGUGUCUUUGACUCAUUCAUGUACACAUUUAUUCUUCUAUUGAUUAGAUUUUAGCUUUGUAUGUCUUGUUAACCAAAUGUGGUUACAACAUCUUAUCAUUACUGAUCAGUCCAACCUAGAAGUCUCAUCACUAAUCAAAUUGUACAUAAAACAAUGCAGCAUAGUUGGCUUACGGAAAUCAAAUAUGUGACUCUCUCAGUGCCGCCCCCUGAUUAGUGGCUAAAAAUGUGCAACCAGUUUAUCAAGUUUAUAAUUAACCAAAACUGCACAGGGGACGUGUAAUUUAAACACCCAGCUGGAGAAGUAAACUGACAGUCACCUUCAUAGUUUUAGUCAACAAUGGCUCUCCAUAUACCAGGUGUGAUAAUGAUGGUAGCAUUCUACUUGCUUGUGUUGGGAAUCGGCAUCUGGGCAUCUGUAAAAUCUAAGAAGAUGGAGAAAAAACACCAAGUUGGAAGGUUAGAGGUUUCUUUUCUGGCUAACCGAAGUGUCAGCUUGAUAGUGGGAGUCUUCACAAUGACGGCUACUUGGGUUGGAGGUGGCUUUAUCCUUGGAACUGCAGAGUCGGUUUAUGAUCCCACCAGGGGUCUAAUCUGGGCUCUUAUGCCUCUGCAAACGUCAAUUUCCUUUAUCAUCGGUGGACUGUUCUUUGCGAAGCCAAUGAGGGAGAACAAUUACGUCAGUAUGAUGGAUCCAUUUCAGAGGAAGUAUGGAAAAGCACUGACUGCGUUUCUUGCCAUUGUUCCAGUCAUAACUGAACUUGUCUGGAUUCCUUCAUUGCUGACUUCCCUGGGAGCAACCAUGAGUGUGGUUUUGGAUCUGCCCUUUAGUGUUUGUGUCUGGAUCUCUGCUGUGGUGGCAAUCAUCUACACUGUUCUUGGAGGUCUCUAUUCAGUUGCUUACACUGAUGUCAUCCAGAUUUCACUGGUGCUUCUUGGCUUGUGGCUGUGUGUCCCUUUUGUUCUGACAAGUGACGUUUAUACUGACAUCACUAAAACAGCAUUCAACCACACAUAUCAGGCCUCCUGGCUUGGCCAGCUUGAGUCUGAUAAAGUCGGGAGAUGGAUUGAUACUUUUCUAGUGAUGACUUUGGGCAAUAUGGCCAUUCAGGAUUUCCAUCAAAGGACACUCUCCUCCAGCUCCUCGUCCACAGCCAGAAUCAUCUGUUUUAUAGCAGCAGGAGCCGUCAUCAUUGUUGGAAUCCCAUCUACACUGAUUGGAGCUGUUGCAUCAUCAACAGACUGGAACUCCACCUCAUAUGGUUCUCCUUCUCCAUAUGAGCGAGGGGAGGUGGCCAUGGUGUUGCCCAUCACCCUUCAGAAUUUAACCCCAACCUACAUUUCUGCUUUUGGCAUCGGAGCUCUUGCUGCUGCAGUGAUGUCAUCCGCUGACUCUUUCCUUUUGUCUGUAACCACCAUCUUCACCACCAAUAUCUACCAGACCAUCAGGAGUCAGGCAUCAGAUAGAGAGCUGCAGUGGGUGAUUCGUCUCUCCAUAGUGGUUGCAGGACUUGUGGGAACAUCCCUCACCUACCUGGACAGCGGCAUCGUGGUGUUUUGGAUCCUGGGUGCAGACCUGGCUUACACCAUUUUAUUCCCCCAACUGAUCUGCGUCCUCUUCAUUGAGGUUUCCAACGGUUACGGGGCGAUCACAGGCUACCUUGUUGCAGUGGUGAUGAGACUGUUGUGUGGAGAGCCGUUGUUUGGCCUCCCUGUGAUCCUGCAAUUCCCAGGUUGCAUUUUAGAGGAUGGUGUUUAUAUUCAGCGCUGGCCUUUCAAGACCAUUUGCAUGCUGUCUGCUCUGGCCUCCAUUCUGAUGUUUUCAUAUGUUGCCUCACUCCUGUUUAACAAGGGGAUCCUUCCUGAGAGGUUGGAUGUGUUCAAGGUGAAAUCACAGGGAGCACCAACACCAGCAGAUGGUGCCAGACAGGGUGAUAGUAAUGAAACUGAUGAAAAUGAUAAAUAUGCCUCUGAACCAAUGCUGGAUAUAAAAUACUAAGUAUUUUUUUCAUAUUCAUAUUCAUUGAUAUAAUUGUAGGGUUACAGUGACAAGCUUGUCGUAAUUGGUUAUUGCUCAUUAUUAUUAGAGAAGCAAAUGAUUUGCAUAAAAUACUUAUUAAACAUUAC